CUCCAAUCAUAAUUUUAAAUUAAUGCGAAUGUAUAACACUCAGAAAACGUUGACUGCUUGAAUAUUCACGUUCCAAGAAGUCAGCUAAAUUGUCAUUAUCUAGAAGAUAAUCUAAUCUACCGAAUUGCACAACGAAUAAUUUAUAAUUUUCAUAUACGUGGAAUAUAAACAGAUGAAUGAAAUGUAGAGUUUUAAUCAAACGGUCCAUCAAUCACGAAACCGUUAUAUUGAAAAUACAGUAUACAGUUUAUUGUGCUUCGUACGGACGCCAUAUGAUAAAACAAAUGAUGUCUAUUACGGGAUGUGCUAAUGAUUCAAGAAAUUAUAAAUACAGUACAUCAUGAAAUGCUGAAUUUCGGUAUGUGGCUGCGAUGUAUAUGUAUACUGUACCUAUGUUUAAAUUUUGAAUAAUAAUGAAAAUUUAUAUUUAUAUUACAGAUAUAAUUGUUUGAAUAAUUCGCUUGUAAAACAAGAUUUCAUCUUCCAUUAUGGUAGUAUGCAAAACUAUAAAAAUUAAUUGCUUAUAUGUAAAAUUAUCUACGGCUUUUCGAUAUUUGGGAUACCACGUUGCACAACAUCCCUUAAGGUUCAUAAUUAUUCCCGUUAUCGUUACUGUCCUCUCGUGCUUCGGAUUAUUUCGUUUUAAGAUGACGACAGACGUCGAAUAUCUAUGCAUGAGAACAAAUAGUCGAAUUACAAUAGCAAAGUCAGUUAUCGAAACUUUGUAUCCACAAAACUAUACAGAUUAUGAUAUUCUACGCCUGACGAAAAUGGAAAAAUACGGAGCUGUCAUAGCAACUGCAAAAAGGGGAGAAUCUAUGUUAUUAAAUGAAAUCUUUAACGAAUUACACAUACUGGAUCAAACAAUACGUAAUAUGAGUAUUGUCUUGCAGGGAAAAAGUUACAGAUUUGCUGAUAUUUGUUGUAAAAUUGAAGGUCAGUGUAUUGCAAACGACGUAUUAAAUUUGAAGACGAAAAUCACGGAAUUUCAGAAAGGAAACUUUAAAAUAAGGUAUCCGGUGGAUAUCGGUACAAAAUCGUCGAAAGUUCAGAUUUAUGCAAUAGGAUUGGGUGGUGUCACAACAGACAAACACAGUCUAGUGAAAGACUUCAAAGCAAUUCGUUUGAUAUAUUUCAUUGACAACGGCAAUCACACGAAUGAAAUUUCUACGUUGUGGGAAGAAAAUUUUCUGAAAUUAUUGAAUGAAGUAGAACUGGAUUAUGUUAAAUUCUCCGUGUUUACAGGAAAAACUAAUGAAGAAGAAUUUAAUAAAUUAACAAUAUAUAAUAUUCCAAUCUUAAUCAUAUCGCAAAUUUUUAUGUGUUCUUUCUCCGUUUUCACUUGCAUGACUAGAAGCUGCGUAACAAGUAAGCCUUGGAUUGGUAUUGCUGCGUACUUAGCAUCGAUUCUUGGUACUGUAGCUGCUUUUGGUAUUCUGCUACUGUUUGGUAUGGAGUAUAUUGAUUUUAACGUAGCAGUUCCCUUACUUGUUUUAGGAAUAGGUUUGGACGAUUCGUUCGUCAUACUAUCAGCUUGGAGAAAAACUAAUCCAGAAGAUCGUAUGAAGAAGCGAAUAGGUGAUGCGUAUUCUGAAUCUGCCACUUCGAUUACAAUAACCACACUGACUAAUAUCGCUGCAUCGUUAAUCGGAUUUACAAUUCCGUAUCGAAUAGCUAAAGUAAUAUUUACAUAUACAGCAGUCAGUUUUAUAUUUACUUAUUUGUAUCAACUGUCGCUUUUCGGUGGAUGUCUGGUAUUUAGUGGAUACAGAGAAAGUAAAAAUCUCCAUGCUAUAUAUUGUAAACCUGUGAAAUGGGAUCAAAAGUUAGGUUUGAAAAGAAUUUUAACUCUAGGAUUUUCAACUCAAAAACAACCUAAUUCAGAGGACAAAAAAUGGAACUUUUACAGCGACGAAUUAGGUAGAAUAUUGAAUUACAAAAUCAUCAAAUGCAUUGUUGUAAUCUGUUUUAUUAUAUACAUCUCAUUUGGAAUAUAUCUUAUGAAGUUCAUAAAACUCGAUUUAAAAUAUUCUGAUUUCUACCAGAAAAAUUCUUACGCUUACAACUUUGUCCAGGACGAUUACCAAUACUUUUCCGAAUACAGAGAAAGAAUACAAGUUGUAAUCAAUACACCGUUGGAUUACUCAAACCCAAAAACACAACAGCAACUAGAAGAUCUGACGAUUCAGUUAGAAAAUGCUCCCAAUAUGAGUGGAUAUAAUUUGACUGAAUCGUGGCUGAGGACUUACGUAAAGUUUAUUAAAGAUCCGAUUUCUUGGAUCUCGCUCAGCGGAUAUAAUAUGAGCAAUCCGGAAGAUUUCGUCGAAGCCCUUCAUAAUGUAUUUCUCAAAUUUCAUUUUGCCAAACGUUUCCAAAGAGAUAUCGUAUUCGACGAAGACAAGAAAAACAUAAUUGCUUCUAGAUUUUUUGUCAACUCGAGGACUAUUGACAGUUCUGCUAUGCAAAGUGAACUUCUUCAACAUCUGUAUGACGUUACGGAUUCUUCCGGCUUAAAUGCAAUGAUUUAUUGUUACGAUUUACAGUUUGCUGAUUCCUUUGUGAAUGUUUUACCUUACUUAAUUCAAUCCGUUUGUGUGAGUAGUGUAACAGUUAUCAUCGUGUUUCUUAUAUUUAUUCCAAAUUUGCAUUGCGCAGUUUGUGUUUGUUUCAGUAUUGUAUCUAUUGUGACAUCAACAAUUACCUACUCUUCAGCGUGGGGUGUAAAUAUGAAUGCAGCUCUUACACUUGUAUUAAUUCUCAUUGCUGGGUUUAGUGUGGAUUACGUAUCUCAUAUAUCGUGCAGUUAUAUGUGUAGUAAAGCAGACAAACCUGAAGAAAGAAUGAAAGAAGCUUUACGGAUUGCAGGACAUCCUAUUAUUCAAGCUGCCGGUUCGACUGUUUUAGGAAUUUCUGCUGUAAGCUUUUCAUCUUAUCGUAUACUUUUGGACAUAUUUAAGAUUAUAUUUUUGGUUAUAUUGUUUUCUACGUUACAUGCCAUUAUUUUGUUGCCCGUGCUUCUUAACAUCUGGGAUAAUAUUGUUUUAAUAAUGAAAAGAAAGAAUUCUACAAAAGAUCUGCAUGUAUCUGAUACUUCAAAUGUGCUAUUACAAUUACGUGAUAAUACAUAACAUAAUUUCUUGUAAGUUUAAUAUUAUUUUAAAAUUAAUACUUAUUAUUGUAUUCACAAAUUAAAGACAGCCGUUAACAAGAUUAUCUGUAAAGGUUUUUCAUUUUCUAUUAUAACUGGCUGUGUUACCCGUCGUUGACGGGAGAUAUUUAUGUGGUGAAAUUAUAUAUACUGUACUUACCUAAAGAGUAUAUCUGCAGAGAAUUGUGUUACAGAUUCGUUAUACUCCUAUUAAAGGUGUGGAAUGUUUUCUAGAUAAACAUAUUGAAUAACCUCCAGAUAUAUAACAUUUCGUGUUUUAUCAUCAGGAGCACAAAUGAACAGAUUUGCAGCUACUAACACGUGAGAACGCAACAUAAAGUUGGCCGUGUGAAAAGCAACUGCAUCCCAGGUCAAGUCCCACAACUUUGGCCUUGAGACAUGUUAAUGGUCAUUGCAAAGCAUAGACCAACUCGAAAUUAUAGGUGUUUACAUUCGAAUGGGUAGUUUGUCGGGAUUAAUGGUGUGCUAUUAAGUGAUAUAUCUGUCCUUGUAUUUUGAAUGUUGGCAUGAAAUUUCUUUCAAGUAUUUCGGUAGAACCAAAACUUGUCAUUUGGAAGGCCCUAUUGCGCUUUAAAAAAUGUUUAGUGUCAGGAUGAGUCCUAUUUAAUAGUGAUAGAAGAGGUUCAGGGGGAAUAAAAACAACAUCCAGUUUAAUUUUUCCAGAAGAGCAGCAAAUCCCCUGUGAUUCAUUCUUCCACUUCAGUGCAACAUCCACAUACUUUAUCUAUAGACCCAAUAUUAGCUGAUGAUGAAUAGUCUGAGUGUCAUAAAUGAAUUUUUGAAUGUCUUGAAGAUUUUGCUAAUUAACU